CGACUUUCUACCUAAGGUACCUUACUCAAGUUUUCCCAAUUCUUCUCUCCUUCUACGGAUAAGGUGUUGCUUUCCCCGCCCUUUCAAAAUCAUCCUCACUCCCAUGCUUCUUUUGCGUGCAAACACACACAGACAGCACUCACGCCCGCACACCCGCAUCAGACGAGACUGAACGUCUGCCUUCCUUGCUUUGCCUGGUGUGGAUACCUCAGCUCUCAAAUCAUCCUUGCAGGGGUUGUUCACUGCCGCUCACUCUUGAGUUUCCAUGAGUCUUGUUGCGCACACCUUCUCUCUCCCCUGCCUGCUACUACGGACACUCAUCAACUAUUUGUCGCUGUUUUCUCUCUCUCUCUCUCUCUCUCUCUCUCUCUCUCUCUCUCUCUCUCUCUCAUUCUCUCUGUGCGUCUGACCGCUCGUCUGCUUCGGUGCCUCAUCCCCGACAAAUUUCCACUUUCGCUUCAGACAGUGCAGCGCUUGCCCUCCUCAGUACCUCGACUCCUGGCCCCCCCUCCCUCACUCUCCUCCACUCUCCCCUUCAACCAUACGGAUACCUUAUUCUUGUGUGGAAGACUUGGUUGAAGUACGCAGUGGAGCCGGUGGUUCCCCAGCCCCCCCAUACCUUCCUUAGGUACUCCGUACUUACCCUCCCAUCCCAUCCCAUCCCAUCCUGAAAGUGUCCUACCGUACCUGACCUCACUGUUCGGUCCACGUUCUGCCUCUCCCCCUCUCGUGUCGCCAGAGGAGCCGGAAACCGUGCCAGCGCCAGUGUCAGUGCCAGUGCCAGUUCACACAGCGAACCCUCGCAGUGUCACACCCCCGUUUUCUCUCUCCUGCAAUGACAACAGCAAUCCCGGCCACCACUGAUCUGCCAGCACAUCCUCCUCCCCAGGCUCCCCUUCCUCCGUCUCGCUCUCAAUCUCAAUCCCAAUCUCAACCAUCGACUGCGCACCGCUCCCUCUCCACCCGAACCCGGCCUCCUGUCUCUGCCUCUGGCUCUGGUCCUCCUUUACAGCGUGGCUCCUCCACCUCCAAUCAACAACACAACCGUCACCAGCGCCGUCACCAAUACAGCGGGAGCGAGCAACUCCAACACCGCUCUCACUCUCGACAACCUUCCUCCACCUCUGCCACCGUUCCUGCUGCUGUCGCUUCCACUGGCUCAGCUGCUUCUCGUUUCGCUCAAGACAUCCCCCAACGACAUGAGUAUGAAACACCAGAAGUAGUCCUUCACUCCAAGCGAAACGCCCCAAGCCAACACCCGCCCUCAUCGACCCGCGCCGACGCCUCGCGUCCCCAGCGUCACAGCAGUACCAGAUCAAAUCAUCGAUACAAUCACGCUGCCGACAUGCCCGCGAGCACCGCAGUUGCCAACAACGCCGGGCCUGCUCCUGUCAGCAACCAUGGCGGGCCCGAUCCCCGGAGCCCAGGCGCGCCCACUACCUCAAAGCACACGAGUAGAUCACGCACCACGAUACCAACCCCAUCUGGAAAAUGGAUCUUGGGCAAGACAAUCGGUGCUGGUAGCAUGGGAAAGGUGAAGCUGGCCCGUAAAGAGGACACAGGCGAGCAGGUCGCCUGCAAAAUCAUUCCCCGUGGCUCAACGGAAGAUACACAGCAUCAGACUCGAGCGGACAAGGAGAGAGCGGACCAAUCUAAGGAAAUCAGGACCGCCCGAGAGGCCGCCAUCGUCACUCUCUUGAGCCAUCCCAACAUCUGCGGUAUGCGAGACGUUGUGCGCACCAACUACCAUUGGUACAUGCUCUGCGAGUACGUCAAUGGCGGCCAGAUGCUUGACUACAUCAUUUCGCACGGAAAGUUGAAGGAGAAGCAAGCCCGCAAGUUCAGCCGUCAAAUCGCCAGCGCUCUUGACUACUGUCACCGGAACAGCAUUGUCCACCGAGACCUCAAGAUCGAAAAUAUUCUCAUCAGUAAAAAUGGAGACAUCAAGAUCAUUGAUUUCGGGCUCAGCAACCUGUUCGCUCCGCGCGGUCAUCUCAAAACCUUUUGCGGCAGCCUCUACUUCGCUGCCCCGGAGCUACUUCAGGCGAGAGCCUACACCGGGCCCGAGGUGGACGUAUGGAGUUUCGGCAUCGUUCUUUACGUUUUGGUGUGUGGAAAGGUGCCCUUCGACGACCAGAGUAUGCCUGCUCUACACGCCAAAAUCAAAAAGGGGUUGGUGGACUACCCAAGUUGGCUCUCAAGUGAAUGCAAGCACCUGCUAUCUCGGAUGCUUGUAACGGAUCCCAAGCAACGUGCAACCAUGCAGGAAGUCAUGGUUCAUCCGUGGAUGACGAAGGGUUACAACAGCCCAUUGGACAACGGAUUACCUCCACGAGAACCCCUCUCUCUCCCAUUGGACUCCGAUGUUGUCAACGCCAUGACUGGAUUCAAUUUUGGCUCACCAGACGCCAUCAAGGCCCAGCUGGAACGAACAAUCGAGUCUGAGGACUAUCAACGCGCAGUCAAACUCUACCAGCGCGAGAAAGAGCUCCCUCAGCCUGCCAAAGACGUUGAGAAAAAGCGCGGCUUUGGCUUUGACUUUUACAAGAGGAGAAACUCGGGCACCAGUCGCGACACGUUGACGGCUCCUAGUUCUGAGGCUCUCCAGCUCGGCAACGAUCCUCUCAACGCCUUCAGUCCGUUGGUUUCGAUCUACUACCUGGUACGAGAAAAACAGGAUCGCGAUCGUGUUGAGAAGAACCCCGGAGCUGCCAGUGCUCAUAAGGAGAAGGAGAAGCCUGCAAUCCCUGAGAUUACACCGCCGCAGGAGGCUCAUACCAACUCGUCUACUUACGAAAUGCCCGGCGAACGGGUCACGGGCGGCCGUUCUCGUCCUCGCGCAAGGACUCACGGUGAAGAUGAAGCCCCCGACACCGUGAAGAGCUCUCAACUUUCGCCAACAACGCCCCUUUCUCCAGAGGUGCCGCCCGAGCCGCUCCCAAAGAAGGAGAGUACCGCUGCAGGUAUCCUCCGUCGCUUCAGUACUCGAAGACGGCGGGAUCCGGAAAGGUCGGAUAGAGACCGAUCUCAUCCGCCUGUAGUUCAGGUUCACUCACCCUCCGAGGCCCCUCCUGCACCGAUGCCCCGGAAAAGCUUCAGCAUACGUCGCGGCAGACGGGAACGAGAAGAACCGGACCCUCUCCCGCUCCGAUCUGGUAGCAGUCAGCCACAGCACGGCGAUCUUCUUAGCCCACCUUUAUCGGCCGGAGGUCAAUCGUCGCGGCGCAAAGGUUUGGGCCGAUCUACAAGCGUAAAUUCAGCAGACUUGCGUCGCCGUGGGUCGACGCGAACACCGAAAGAGCCACCCCCGACGAGCGGCUCAGACCAAUCUACGGCCACUGAUCGACCACCGCCUGCGUCUAGAGACAGCCAGCAAACACGGGCUGCAUCCAUGAGAGCGAAAUCACUCGGUCAUGCUAGGCGCGAGAGUAUUCAGCAGCGCAGGCUUCGCCGGGAGGAAGCUCGAGAGGCUAACGUGCCGGAGGAAACGGAUCAAGAGCAAGGCGACCAGAGUGGCGUGUCCACCGACAGGCUGGAUAGCUCAGACUUGGCUAAGCCCGUUUUCCUCAAAGGCUUGUUUAGCGUUUCGACAACUUCUACCAAGAACGUCACAGAGAUCCGGGCGGAUAUCAAGCGGGUGCUCAAGGGCCUAGGAGUCGACUACACCGAGAUCAAGGGUGGCUUCCUGUGCAAGCAUACACCCAGCAUUGACCUCAAGAAAGUACCAGAGGUUCCCGGUAGCCCGGGACAAGCGCCACCAGGUCACAGGAGACGCUUCAGUUUUGGGGCAAUCAGAGGUGGCGACCGGGAACGAGAAGACUUGCCAGCUACUGAACGAGGACCGAGUACGCCGCGUGGCUCCGGACGUACUGAGGCAGAUCACAGUUACUCCAACUCCGACGUCUCGGUUGAUAGUGUCUCGCGGGAAGCGGGAGCAUCAUCCAGAAGAGUACCUGGCGAGACGAGCACUCACGUUCAGAGUGAUCUGGGCGGAAGCAUGGUCCUUGAGUUUGAGAUAUUCAUUGUCAAGGUCCCGUUGUUGUCUCUCCACGGAAUCCAAUUCAAGCGACUGGUGGGAAACACGUGGCAAUACAAGAAUAUGGCCGAUCAGGUUUUGAGGGAGCUUCGUCUUUAGAUGGGGCGGAAGCAUUCAGAUGAAAAGCGCGGAGAACAUCUGUGGUCAAGGAUUAGCUCCGAUCUGGGAGCCCGACUCCGGGAUACUAGAGCGGGUGGAGGGUAUCGAGGGCAAACAAUCUCAUCGUACGAC